AGGCACAGCUGCGAGCUUUCAUCCCCGAGAUGCUGAAGUAUUCCACAGGUCGUGGGAAACCAGGCUGGGGCAAGGAAAGCUGCAAGCCCAUCUGGUGGCCUGAGGACAUCCCGUGGGCCAACGUUCGCAGCGAUGUCCGCACAGAGGAACAGAAGCAGCGGGUGUCGUGGACCCAAGCGUUGCGGACUAUCGUGAAGAACUGCUACAAGCAGCACGGGCGUGAAGACCUGCUCUACGCAUUUGAGGACCAGCAGACGCAGCAGCAGACUACGACCACACACAGUAUAGCGCACCUCGUGCCAUCCCAGACGGUGGUACAGACCUUCAGUAACCCUGAUGGCACCGUCUCCCUCAUCCAGGUUGGCACUGGUGCUACAGUUGCCACGCUGGCCGAUGCCUCCGAGUUGCCUACCACAGUUACCGUCGCACAAGUCAACUAUUCUGCCGUGACCGAUGGAGAGGUGGAGCAGAACUGGGCAACGCUACAGGGGGGCGAGAUGACCAUCCAGACGACGCAGGCAUCCGAGGCCACGCAGGCGGUGGCAUCGUUAGCAGAAGCGGCAGUGGCAGCGUCUCAGGAGAUGCAGCAAGGAGCAACUGUUACCAUGGCGCUCAACAG